CACUCCAUACAAUAUUUUAUUAAAACUGAUAUUGCCUAAAGACCUAUAAAAUGACUUGAUUAGCGAGUAAAGAUAUCAUUAUAACAACUUCACCUUUUCUUGAAGCAUUAUUGUGCAAAAAAAAUAAUACCAAAAUGUUCAAAAUUACCAUCGUCCUGUUCGCUGUCAUCGCCUGCACUGUAGCCAAGCCUGCUCCAGGACUUCUUGCAUCACCACUUGCAUACUCUGCUCCAUUGGUUGCUGCCGCUCCAGGAGUUGUUACUGCCACAAGUAGCCAAGUGAUUGCAAGGAACUACAAUGGAAUCGCCACCGCUCCAGUGUAUGCUGCCGCUCCAGUUGCCAAAUUCGUUGCUGCUCCCGUUGCUGCUCCAUUAGCUGCUGCUCCUCUUGCUGCUCCAUUAGCUGCUGCUCCUCUUGCUGCUGCACCAUUGGCAGCCAAGUACGUAGCGUCACCAUUCGGUAGUCCAUUGGCUUACUCGGCACCUUUGGCUGCUGCUCCCUUUGGUUAUGCUUCCGCCUACGGAUACGCGUCUCCAUUGAGCUACGCUUCAGCUCCACUUUUGUUUUAGAAAUAGAAAAAAAUCACAAAGAAUGAUAAGGAAAAUAAAUGAAUCUGCUGGAACAACUUCAA